CUCCGCCACCCGCCCUCCGCCCCAAAACCACACCCCUCGCAUAAUCCCUCUUCAAGAAGAAAUAUCUCCGGCCCUCCUUUCCCUCUCACGCAAGUAAACAUACAAAUUCGUUGUCCAAAAAAAGAGACCAAAAUGAAUAGAAACAUAAAUAAAUACAUAUGUAUAUGUCAUUGAGUAGUUUUUCCACACAUACACGCAGAGAGACAUAGUCUUCUCUGAAAGUUGCUCUCUUUGAACCCAUUUUUCAGCGGAAUUUUCUUCUCUGAAAGAGUGAUUCUUGCAAAUUUCUCAUUAUUGGGUUGCACAAAAAAGCUGUACAGUUAUUAGUAAAUUGAGGGGAAAAAAAUGGGAGAAAGGAGGCUCUUGAGUUGCCUAAUUUUUUUGGUUCUGAAUAUUGUAUGUGAAGGCAAAGGGAUGCACAGAAAUGCUUAUGCUACCAUGAUGUAUAUGGGGACUCCAAGAGACUAUGAAUUCUACAUAGCGACACGUGUCAUGCUCAGAUCUCUCGUGAAGCUUAAGGUUAAUGCUGAUCUUGUCGUCAUUGCCUCCAUGGAUGUACCCGACCAAUGGGUACAAGCUCUUGGACAGGAAGAUGGUGCACAGGUCAUGAGAGUCGAAAAUCUAAAGAAUCCAUAUCGAAGUCAGGCGAGAUUCAAGCUAACACUGAACAAACUUUAUGCUUGGAAACUAGUGGAAUACGACAGGGUGGUAAUGCUCGAUGCCGAUAACCUCUUCCUCGGAAACACAGAUGAGUUGUUCCAAUGUGGCCAAUUUUGUGCAGUGUUCAUCAAUCCUUGCAUCUUCCACACUGGUCUCUUUGUAUUGCAGCCUUCAAAAGCAGUAUUCGAUGACAUGAUUCACGAACUGGAGAUCGGAAGAAGUAACCCUGAUGGUGCGGACCAGGGUUUUAUCGGAAGCUACUUCCCUGAUUUACUUGAUCAACCAAUGUUUCAUCCUCCUUCAAAUGGUACAAAGCUUGAUGGCAACUAUAGACUUCCUUUAGGCUAUCAAAUGGAUGCUUCUUACUAUUAUCUCAGACUAAGGUGGAGUGUACCCUGCGGACCAAACAGCGUUAUCACUUUCCCGGGUGCCCCGUGGUUAAAACCAUGGUAUUGGUGGUCGUGGCCCGUCCUCCCACUCGGCAUCCAGUGGCAUGAGCAACGGCGUCAAACACUUGGGUAUAAUGCAGAGAUGCCACUUGUAUUAAUCGAAGCUGUAUUUUAUCUAGGAAUAAUGGCUGUGGCACGUCUAGCACGGCCCAACUUAUCCAAAUUAUGCUAUCGCCGAGAAGAGAAAAGCAUUUUCUUCAUACAGUCUGGCUUCAAAUUGAUAGCUAUAUGGUCCGUUCUUUCUGCCUACAUAGCCCCAUUCUUUCUCAUUCCCCACACUGUUCAUCCACUCAUAGGGUGGAGUCUCUACUUGCUGGGUGCCUUAUCGCUUUCAAGCAUAGCAAUUAGUACUUUUCUUCUACCAAUUCUGCCCGUUUUAACGCCAAGUUUAGGAAUCUUUGGGGCCCUUUUGGUAAUGGCUUGUCCUUGGUACUCGAAUGGCGUUAUUCGGGCACUUGCUACUUUUGCCUACGCAUUCUGCUGUUCGCCUGUUCUGUGGAUGGCAUUUGCUAAAAUUAUGUCAUGCCUUCAAGUCUCACAUGAAAGGGAAGCAUUCUUGCCUAGAUUGAGCGAAAUUUCGUUGCCCUCGGGUUUCAACAAGUUGUACUGAGAAUCAACCCCUAUUCAUUGUAUGAUCUGUGGAGCAAAAAUCCUUAUCUUGUGGCUGCAUGGGUUCCAGGAUGAGAUUUAUAGCCAUUUAGUGCCAGACAUCUUAAAUCCAUGGUUUGCAUUUUUACAUAGAAGCAGAAGGGAUUAGUUCACCGUGUCAAUUACUGAACGUAGAAUUUAUUCAGUUGUAAUUGAUCGAUUGAUUCUCAUCAUUGAAAUUCUUAACGUAAAGAGCUCUCAACUCUCGCCUUACGAAAUACAAAUAUGUUUCUUGA